AUGGGUAAGGGACCCACCUCCAACAUCCUCAAUCAACAGUGGGUCUUCGUCAAUAAAGACUCUAAGUCCAAGUCAUUGACCAGGAGCUCCGGCGCGGAGAAGACUUUGAUCUAUGGCCAUGUUCGCCAGCAUAUGGUACGCGACAACUUGGUGAUUGAGCAAGAGUUCGACAAUGUCUUCCGCGAUGGCGGGGCAAAGCCGGCCAAGGUGCCCAAGCGCAGACCGAGGCGCGCGUCUCAUCCGGUUGGCACUGGCCUGACUGUUUUCGAUGGCAACGAGCGUCCAAGUCGUAUCGAUGAGGAGAAGGUUAGCAAAAGUGAUGGAAACACUCUUUUGCCACAGACCGAUUUGGAAAUUGUUGGCACCGUUCCCCAAUUUUCAAUUCCUGGUGCCUUGGACGCCGUCCCGUAUUCGCGAUCAUACGAGUAUUUCCGCCAGAUGACUAUCAGCGAGGCAACCGGAUUCGCAGACCGAAUGUUCUGGGAUGCCGCCAUGCAACUGAGUGCCUCCAAUGAAGCCGUCUUUCACGCGCUGACGAGUCUGGGCGCCUUGCAUGAGAGCCUCAUGACCCCCAAUGAGACGAGCAGGGCUGAGUACCACCAAGCAUCUCUGAUGCACUGCAACCGUGCCAUCGGAGCAGUCGUGGCUGGCGACGGUCAGAUGUCUUUGCCACUUGUGCUGGUCACUUGUGUCAUCUUUGGGACUAUUCAGAUUUUCGACGAUGCCCCUAUGGCGCAAAGAACUCUCGAAAGCGGUAUCAGACUUGUCACCCUGGCUCAAAAACAGCUUUCCACCUUCUCGGACAGCGAACAAGCCGUGCUUGAUCUGGCCGCCAGAAUGAUCGAACGAUACCAAAGUCGCCUGACGCUAGUGCUCCUCCCUACGACCGUGGUGAAAGAGCACAUCGACAACGGUGACCUAGUUGAUGAUAUGCCGAAAGUACCGCUCAGCUUCGAAUCACUUCUACAGGCCAGGGAGAUUCUGCAAGCAAUCUGCGACUGGUCCUUUCAUGUCCUCAAGUCACCCGCCUCAUUAGUCCUGACAGACAACCUGCAGAAACAGUGGAUCAGAGCCAUCAUCAAACUCUCUGAGACCUCCGGACUCCACCCGCUCUCGAUGAGAUCACUGAACCUGCUCAAGAUCGCACGUUUGGCAUCCGCAUGUCUGAUAGCCGCACAGCAUAUGACCAGAGAGGUCGAGUUCGAUGAAAGUUUUCCGGCCUUCAAACACGUGCUCAAUAUGUACGGAGCCGCUUUCAGGCUGUGCAAAUCAAAUGCUAUAUUUACGACGGUCUUUCAUAUCGAUGCGGGAAUAGUGGAUCUCCUGAAUGAGGUUGUUUGCAACAGCCCUACUAGCGAGUUCGGGCUUCAAGCGCACGACGCUCUAGCUGCAAGCGGCAUCUUCGAGGAUACAAUGGACUUGGAUUCAUACAAUGAGACCGGUCGAGCCAGACAGGAAGAUGGCCAGCAAGACGCAGAGACCGGACGUCUUAGGAUCAAGAGCCUCGACUUUUUCGCACAAUCUGGCUUGGCCAGGUUGCGCCUCAAGAGGGCAACAUGGUCGGGAUUCAACCCUGCGACCACCGAAGUCAGAUGGUUCUCAAUCCUCGAUUCGUCUCCUAAACCACACUUUCUCAACGAGAGCGAGCUCAAGGCGGAUUCUAUGCACGAAGAGAACCGCCAUGCUCAUUGGACAACAUAUAUGCCCAGGCAUAAUGGCGGCUGA